AUGAGCAGGCUUGCGUCGGGGCUCCAGCGCCUGCGGAGGUCGUCGUCGCCGUGGGAGGUGCUGUGGUCCACGCUCGCGUCAUGCGGCCUAGUGCUUUUCUCGCAGCUCGCCGUGGCGAUGGUUCCCCGCCUCUUCCCUUCCCUCUCCCUCCUCGCCAUGCUCCCCAUCGCAGGGUUGGUGUUCCUCGCGGCUAUCGUGCUCGGCCGCCUGUGGAGGAGGUUCAUCGGGGUGGCGGCGUCGGCGCCACUCUUCGUGCUCUUCAACAUCCUCCUAUUGUGGGGCGUUUACGUCUUCAUAAUCCGGAGAGAAACUUCUUCUCUGCUGGACAUGCUAAUAAAUGCAGAGUGUGCACUGCUUCUGUGGGGACUCUACAGGAUUUUAUCUGGUGAUCCUGGUAUUGUUGCCUGUGAUUCUUCAUAUUUGGAAGAAGCUGGCUGCAAGGAUUUUGUGGAAGCUAUAUACUCGAGUGAGAAACUUCCAAUGCUCUCAAGGGUCAGGCAGUGUACCUGGUGCAAAGCAAAUAUUAGGGGCUAUGACCAUCAUUGCCCUGCAUUUGGUACUUGCAUAGGACAGAAAAAUCAUCGGCUAUUUAUGGCCCUUUUGACAGGAUUUGUUGUUGCUGAAUCAACAUAUACGAUGUGCUCAACAAAAUAUAUUACCAGAUGCAUCAGUUCAGGAACUAUAAGAUCGGAGAAUCCUGUAUCUCUAAACAUGGUAAUUAGUACAAUGCUCUUCUCUAUCCUCCAGGUCCUCUGGCAGGCUAUCUGCCUUUGA